AUCUCUGUACAAAAUUUUAACUGUUCUUUACCUUUUAAACUUGUCUGCAGACAACAACAACAGACAUCACAACGUUGUACAACACUGUUGUCACUGCUGUCCUUCUUAUGUAAUCAGCUAAUCUCUGGAAAGUAUCCUGCUGUUCUUGGUUUCCCAAUACCUCAGCAUUUCCAUAAUCCACCUACAAGUCCGCAUUGAAAUUACAAAGUCAAACUGAAAUGUGGAUGAAAAAGCUGCAGUUAAAAAAAAUAUUAAAUUGAGGGAAAAAUGAUAGUAUAUCUUACACUGUUAAUGCAUGGGUAUUGAAUGUAAAAUGUAAGAAUUAGGAAUAUAAAAUAUUAUUGUAUUGGUGCUAUUUAAAAAGCUUUUUUGUUCAGUAUUAUUCUGGUACAUAUUUAUGUUCAGAUGUUUUUAAAUUUUCCAUUGUUUGUACUCCAUGUUUGCAGAUAGGAGAACAACAGGUGUCUGAGUUAUUAUUGGUAAACAAGCCCUCAGAUGAUCAUGUCAGAGGCUUAGUAAUGAAGAGAUUUAUCACGUACGAUGAAGUCUGUGCAUCAGUCAUUUACUCCAAACACCUGUCUAUGCUUCAGAGCGCUGUGAACCACAGAGAAAAUAAGGUCAUCUGUUGGCGUAUUUUGGCGACUAUGAACACGUUGGAGGAUGUCCCGUUUCAGAGCCUGCUGGGGCCGCUGGAGGAGGAGGUACAGGUGGUGACGGCUCCAGAUAUCACUGUACCAGACUGUCCCCAGAUACUGCGAGAAACUGAGUAUGAAUUCAGCCUGGAGAAGUGUAUUUUAACUGGGCAGCAGCCAGUCUAUCAGGUCCCAUCCUGCCCCCCUUACUGGCUGAUGUUUAGCAGUCCUCAGGUGAGUCGCAGAUCCAGUCUCAGGGGCAGUGAGCCGUGGGCCUCGGACCUUCGGCCCCGUAGUCACAGCCUGAACUCUGCAGACAGCCACUGGCCGCGCCAACGCACUGUCAAGUUCCUCAUACCUGACUCAGAGGAUGAAGACGGUUACCACGAGGAUAACGAUUGCUCCUCUCCUGAAGAGGCACCUCACCCUAUCAAGAGCAGAGAGCGUCCCCGGAGUGCUGCACCAAAAGACCCAAUCUCCAGAGUCAAAGAAAUGCAUUUUGGUCCCUCCAGUCACUACUGUAAGCCUUCCUCACCUCAGAGACUCAGAGGCCACAGAGGCACUUCACCUUCCCCUCAAGACUGCAAACAACCUCUUGGAGUGCUGGAGCAGCACAGGUCACAGCAGUCCAGCCCCGUCCCCCACGGGCAGAAAAACGCCAAGAAGAAGCGUUCACUGGUCUCCGUGGGCAGAAAGUACUCCCAGAACACACCACCAGCAGUUUCUGCUCCAUCCAGACUGCAGCAGCAGCGACCCUCCUCUGCCGGGCCUGUUGUCAGAAACCGCAGACAGAAGGCCCUGAGGACCAGUGGCUCUCAUGGGGUUUUCUUUGACUCUGCAGCAGAGCUGUUGUCAGCACUCAGCCAGGAAGAGAGGGAGCUGCUUGAAACCGUCACAGAGAAUGGCUACCCCUUACGCACAGCUAUUCUGGCUCUGCAGAAGACAGGAUACCGCAGCCCAGAGAAGAUCCUAAAAUACCUGGUUGCCAGUGACCGUCUGUGUGACCUGGGCUAUGAUGAAGCACAGGUAGAGGAGGCCUUAGAGAUGUUUCAGAACUGCGAGAGCAAGGCUGCUGAGUUCCUGCGCCUCCUGACUCAGUUUAAUGAGAUGGGCUUCCAGCAAAGUGCAAUCAAAGAAGUGCUGCUUGUUCAUGAAAAUCACCGUGAGAGGGCUCUUGAAGAACUCAUGACACGCAUGGCUUAAAUAGACCAUCUUCUUAAAAAGAUUAUUUUCACAUCUACAGUAUGUGA